AUGCCGCCAAGAAGGAACGUGUCCGCUCACGAAGGUAUUGAUGGUGGGAACGAAAUCAAUGCUCCCACUAAUGCUCAACAGGCUCAUGGGCUUCAACAGUUGACACAAGCUUUGGGUGCUACAUUACUUCAGAAUGGCAAUGGAAACGAUGUGGUUAAAAAGGUCUCUAGUCUCAAUCCUCCUUUUUAUGGCGGACAAGAAGAUCCUCGUGUUCUUGAGGAUUGGGUAAGAGCUUUUGAUAAGUUGUUGGAUGCUAUUGGUUGCCCUGUUGACCAAAAGGUGGAGGCUGCUGUGUACUACUUGCAACAAGAAGGUGACAUUUGGUGGGUAAAUAAUGGUCAUGCUCUUAGUCAACAACCUGACUUUGACUGGGAGGCCUUCAAGGAUGCUAUGAGGGAUCGAUUGUAUCCUGAACAUGUUAAGGCUGCAAUGUAUGAGGAGUUCUUACACUUGAAGCAAGGCAAUUUGUCUGUGCAAGAGUAUCAUGCAAAAUUCUUGGAGCUUGCUCGUUUUGCAACUAGGCUGGUUCCUGAUGAGUAUAGCAAGACACAGAAAUUCAUUAGGGGACUGAAUUUUGGGAUUCAAAAGGUAAUUUGCGCCCUGGAUCUUGAAACACUAAAUAAGGCAUACAAUAAGGCUGCUAACCUUUAUCGUGUGGAGUUGAUUGAAAGAGAAGCCAACAUGAAGAGUAGGAAGAGGAUGGAGAGCAAUGAGGAAGAAAACAAUGGAGGUUAUGGUGGCAACAAUGGGCAAGAAGGUUACUGGCAGAAACGCAAUGGAAUUGAGAGGUAUCAUUACUGCAAGAGCUGUGGAAAUGGACACCCUGGGAAGGAUUGCCAAGGAAAUUUAGUGAAAUGCUUCAAAUGCCAAAAGUUGGGACAUCGAGCAUAUGAAUGUCAUAAGAACAAAAUGGGAAUCAACAAGGAUCUAACGGCAAUGGAGGAAAUCAAAGAGGACCUAGACCUAACAAUCAUGGGUCUGGAAACCGAAAUCACAAUGGUGGAGGCAACAAUGGAAAUAAAAAUGGGAACAAUCAAGCAACUGAUAAUGGAGGUCAAAACAGCAAUGGUGGGAACAACAAUCGAGGAAGGAUCUUCGUCAUGA